GACAAAGCGGGGCAGGCGGCGGAGCGCCGCAGCAUGCGGGGCGCGCAGCGCUUCCUCUGCGGGUGGGCUGCUCUGCUAACGCCGCUCCUCUUUUUUUUUUUUCGCUGCGUGUGAGUGUUAUUUUUUUUUUUUUCUUCUCUUCACCAACUUCCUUCCUGCUCCAACUGCCAAAGCUCGAGGCUGAGCGCUGACAGCAGAGGAGGACCCCGGCCGCAGGCGCCGCUCCGCCGACCAAGUGACCAUGACUGAGAAGACACAAGAACCUCACGUGGAGGAUGAUGAUGAUGAGCUGGAUGGGAAACUCAAUUACAAACCUCCUCCCCAGAAAACACUGCAGGAGCUGCAAGAGUUGGACAAGGAUGAUGAAAGCCUCGCUAAGUACAAGAAGUCCCUGCUGGGAGAUGGACCUGUGGUAGUAGACCCAACAGCUCCCAAUGUGGUGGUCACCCGGCUCACUCUGGUGUGUGACUCUGCUCCAGGACCCAUCACCAUGGACCUUACAGGUGACCUCGAAGCACUCAAGAAAGAGACCUUCGUGUUAAAGGAAGGGGUGGAAUACAGAGUUAAGAUCCACUUCAGAGUAAACAGGGACAUUGUGUCGGGACUGAAAUACGUGCAGCACACCUACCGGACAGGGGUGAAGGUGGACAAAGCCACGUUCAUGGUUGGCAGCUACGGGCCACGGCCAGAGGAGUACGAGUUCCUGACGCCUGUUGAAGAGGCCCCUAAGGGCAUGCUGGCUCGAGGCACCUAUCACAACAAAUCCUUCUUCACGGAUGAUGACAAGCACGACCAUCUCACCUGGGAGUGGAACCUGUCCAUCAAGAAGGAAUGGACAGAAUGAGUUCACCCAGUUUGCCUUCCCCCUUCCCACCCCCCUGCCUCCUGCACCAGUCUCCAGGCCUUUGCUGCUUCUUCUGACACACUGAAAACAGCCCAGCAGUUCUCACCACCACCCUGUCAUGACACCAUAAUGGGUUAAACUGGGAAGCACCUCCCUCCCUCUCCCCCAGUACUUCCUCCUGUUGUCCCCAUCUCUCCCAUACCAACUCCAGUCCUGGAAGUGCCUUUUAGAGGAAACAAGAUCACCUGGCAGGGGUGGACUGGUCCCUGGAAAAUCCCUAUCUUGAGUUACACUUGCCAUGACUCAUUGUAAAGGGUUACUUACCUCCCGUGAUGGUCUCCUGGUCUGUAUCUGGUGCCCUACCCUGUUAAAAUCCAUCCUUGUGCAGGCAAAGCCAGUCAGGGGGAAUGCAGCUAGAUGCCGUAACAAGACUUCAGUGUCUGAGAAUAAAACCAGUUCUUUUCUGCA